GAAUUAAAGGGAGAAGGAAUUUUGAUUUUGAAGUCGGGCCAUUUUUGCCAUGAUUUUCCAAUUGGGUCCCUUAGUGGGAGAGGCUUCAGUGCAAAGUCCGGGGGUAUCCCCGCCUUUUCCCCUGUUUUGUGGUGGGGACAGACUACUGUUUGGAAGAAUUUCCAAAUUACUAAUUUGGAUUUUCGGACUUUUCAACAAUUCUGUUUGUGUCCCCAAUAAAGGUACGUUAUUUUGUCUUUAUGCAUCUGGUAUUUCAAGUUUUGUCCAGAGUUAUUUUUGUCUUUCUACCUUCCCAUCUCUGAACACAUCUGACGUCUCUGUCUUCUCCUCUCUCAUAUGUCGGUUGCUCUGUCUCUCUCUCAAUCAAUCCAAAUCCAUUAGGAGCAGAGAGCGGAGCCAAGCUCUCCCACCGUCCACUCUCCCUAUCAUCCUCCGUCCCCCCCCCCCAUUCUCUCUCUUCUAUAACCCAACCCCAGCAUAGCACAACCCAACCCCAACACAGAAGCUGAAGAAAAGCAUGCUUCUGCCGAAGAAACCAUUGAAUCGAACAGAGAUCUACAACAGCGUGGUGACUUCUGUUAACUCUGACGAGGAGCACAGUAAAUCGCUGGCCGACGAAGAGGGGGACCAUGCUGAAGCUUCUGAACUUUACAGUCGUUCCCUAGAAAUCAGUGAGGAGUCAGAAGGAAAGCUAAAGGGAAUCCUGGGUUGCACUGAAGAUGAUGUGGUCUCGAUUGACUUUGAAGGAGACAGCAAGUUGUUGCUCUGUAGAAAAUGGUUGAUAUACCAUUUAUUGUUGAACAUGGUGUUUCCAAGUUUUAUUAUCUUCUUGCUCCUCUAGCUGAGAUAUGGACUCAAUGUUAGAGUACGUGUGGGACGUUUAACGGAUUCAGGAAAUAUUGUCUUUAGGUAUGGUCUUCCUUUUUAUUUUGCUAACAUUCGUAGGGGAAAACUACCAAAUAUUGUUGCUCGGUGAACUCUAAGUGCGAAUGAGAUUCCGGAGUUAUUUUGUUGCUUUUGCUUGUUAAGACCCGUAUUUUGAACAAUCUGAUUAUUUAGACAUUAGGUGCAUGGUUCUUUUAUGGCUUUAGUUGGAUUCUUAUGUAGUAUAGUAUGAGUCCAGUGUAAAUACAGAUUACUCUAGAAAUAGCUUAAUUUGCAUGAAAGAUGUACAGGUCAUUUGUAAAUACAAAUUACUCUCCAAACACUCAUUUACAUUGAAUAAGUUGGUGAGAAAUGGAGAGAAAAGUACCAACAAAUUGUUUGGUUGGCCCUUUCUCCUUAGCUCCCAUUUCUAUCGCAAAUCCAAAGGGUCUUGCCGUGACCCCAGCUCUGAAGCUUUUGCUCGAAGUGUUACACUUUCUCACAUCGACACUUUUAGAAUGACUUUCCAUCAUAUCUUUGAUACAAUCGCUUUAUGGCAUCAAUUAAUGUAGUAAACUAUGCCAAAUAGUUUUGGUAUUGCAAUCUUUAUAUUGACUAUGCUAUUUGAAAUAAUGGAGAAUGGUAUCACUUCAACUAUGCGUGGAAAUAUUCCUCCUAAGCAGAUUCAUAGAAAUGUUGUCAGCCAUGCAUUUUAUACUAUUAUCAGUUUAAUUAAACUUCUCAAAUCCUGCUGUUCAAAUAUCCCACAUCAUGAGCUCGAUUCGAAUAUGUUAGAUAAUGGUUUAUUGCUUAAGGAUUUCAGUUACACUGUACAAACUGGUAGAGAAACUGAACAAAGGCUAUCCUGGAGAAGAAAAGGUUAAAAACUUAACUGACAAGUUUGCAUUGUAAAGUAACUGAACUUUUUGUUUGAUGUUUUUUUAUGGGGCCACUAUUGUACAAGUGUUGAUUUGGUAUGGAUUCACACUCGUAAUUUG